UGGCUCAAACCGUCUCCUGGGCCUGGCAUUCGAUUACCAGUCUCCCGCGCUCAAGGGGGGCGCCCGACGCAUCGCUGGGCGGGCGCCGCCUCCCUCGGGCCGCGGUCGGCCAUAUCCCACCGCUGCUCGCGGCGCAGUCCCUGGCGAGGCGCAGCACCAGCCUGCCAGGUCAGGCUUGUGGCGCCGAUCAUCCAGGUGGAACGCAGGGCGGGGGUAUGAGCCUAGUGCAGGAGCCGUGCAGCCGACGAAGGCCGCCGCGCAGCCGCUGCUGAAGAAGCCCCUGGGGAAGCCGGCGGGCGUUGGCGCCGUGGCGCCGAAGCUCGGCACCGCAGCGCCGUCGGCCACGAGCCCGGCCACCGAGCUGAGGCAGAUAGCGCUGUUCAUCGCGAAGUGGAAGCUCGACGCCACGAAGGCCAAGCUGCUGCUGGCCCGGCUGACGCCCCCCCGGCGGAAGUGGGUAAUGGCGCAGUACUCGGGGGCGCAGACGCUGGAGGCGUACAUCCAGCAGUGCGACAAGACCAACGCGUGGGCCGGCGCUGCAGAUUCUGAGCCUGCCGCUGGCGAGGCCGGCACGGCGGCCGCCCAGGGGAUGAAGCGGCCCGUGUCCGGCGAGGCGCCGGACCCGAAGAGGCCGAAGUUCGGCGUGCCGGCGGCAAAGUUCGGGGUGCCCAGCAGCAUGGGACCGAAGCAACCGUCAGGACCGCCACCGAAGGCCCUGGGAUCCCUUGCGCCGGCGACCAAAGCAGGCGGCCUGGCCCUCGCCGCCGAGUCCGCGGCGAAGGCGAAGGCGGCCGCCGCGCUGGCGAAGGCGAAGGCGGCCGCGGCAGUGGCCAAGGCGAAAGCGAAGGCGGCGGCCGGCGCUGCCGCCUACGGCGCGUACGGCAGUGGGGCGUACGGCGGCGGAGCUUACGGCGGCGGGGCCUACGGCGGCGCCGCCGACUACUACGGCGGCGGUGGCGAAUGGGGUGGCGGUGGAGCGUACGACGACGGCUGGGGUGGGGCUGGCGCGUAUGGCGGCGCCUACGGCGCCGCCAGCGUUGGCGCCUACGGCGCGAAAGGUGCUGGCGCCUACGGGGGUGGAUGCGUCAAGGGCGCCGCCGGCGCCGCCGGCAAGGGUGCCGGAGCCGGCAAAGGUGGUGCAGGCAAGCCUGGCGGGACGCUGAUCAAAAGCCUCCUGCAGCGCGCCUGAGGGAGGCCCUGCUUCUUUGGCCUUGCGAGGCCUCCUCAGGAUGUAUCGUCUUCCUCUUCAUUCUCUUGCCGCUAUUACCACUGAGAGGCUUGUCCAAGG